AACCUUCACAGAUAGUCACACAGGCGUGGGACUGACACAACAUUAUUACCUAGCAGCAGUGAUUUCUUGUCUACGUUUUACUUCACUGGAGGGCAGACACAACCUACACGCAGUAGGUUGUUCUGUGAUCAUCGGGGCAAAGCAAUAAUAUGAUCGACUCUAUUCUCUCAAUGGAAACACAGGCACACAAGGAAAUGGCUCACGGAGAGAUCCACGGGAAGAGAACCAGAGAGCUGGUAGACGAGAUCACGGAGGAACAAUUCCUCAAAGAUCUCCACCUUUUCAUGAGGAUGAGAGAUACACCGAUAGAGAGGAUCCCACAUCUGGGCUUCAAACAAAUUGACCUUUUUGUGAUGUUCAAGACCGUCAGAGACAUGGGUGGAUACCACCUGGUAACUGCCCAGCAGCUGUGGAAGCAGGUUUAUAACCGGCUUGGAGGAAACCCCCGAAGCACGAGCGCGGCCACAUGUACUCGCAGACACUAUGAAAAGCUACUUCUGCCGUAUGAAUGUCACAAGAAAUGCAUAUUGAUGAACGCCUUGCCUCAGCACCAACCGAAGCUCUUGCAUGACAUCAACUUCAACAAAGACGAUGAAGACGGCCAGAGACCAGCGAAACGCAAACUGUUAUCAGCACCGCUGCACCAGACACCGCGCAACCUCCAGUCAGAGCCACGUGGGAACAACUUCCCUCUGCCACUCCAAUACCCACACUACUAUCACCCAAGCCAUGCAGUUCGGCCCCCGUACGUCUCCAUCCCCUCUUCAGUGUUGACAUCCCAAAGCACCCCUUCCCCCGAGCCCCAGUUCUCUUUCCAUCCAACACAUCUGAACACAACAGACAGGGUGAAGGAGCCACUGGAGCAUUUGCGCGACCUGGCGGAACAGUACAAGACCUCAUCGGGACUGGCCGAGCCCCUGAACCUCAGCAUCAAAGCACAGAGCCAGGAAGCCGACAGAAACCCUGCCUCUUCCUUCGCCCCACCUUCCUCAGGCAAGAACCCAAAGUUUUUGAACAAGCCCUCCCCUCUGUACACUCCCCAUCGCCCACCAGUGAUGAGAAGUGACGAAUGUGAGACACAAGAUGGCGAAGCAGAUGUCACAUCGUAUUCGUAUCCUGCUAAAGAAGGGGAGGAAUAUGUCAUUGAUGUCACAACCUCAAGCGGCAACACGCCUGAGCAUACUCCGACAAUGAGGACAGACAAAGGCGCCACAGCAAUGGCACCAAAAUCCAGCUCUCCAAAAAGAGACUUCACAAUCCGGCCAAAAGAAGCGAGGGAGGGCAAUUCAGAAGUACGGGGCCUCAAUCUCAGUUACACUCUGCCCAGCCCCCCUCAAGACAACGGAGGCAAGAUGGAAAUUCAGAUACCACUCGCUAUGUUUCAAAGCUGGCUCCGGUUAUGUGGGUCCUCGGCCAUGAUUAACGGAGUUAAGCAGCUACAUACCCUUCCUACUCUGGAGGGACACUCUGCACAAAGGAAUUGCUCUGACACAGAGGUCCUCCCCACCAACCUGUCUCUUCACACGGAUCACCAACACUGGAGCCUCGCUGCUGAGGAUCUGAGGGUGAGGCAGAAGAGCGUGCCGAGCCCGCCACCAACACCCCAGACUACAGAGAAUCACCACCACACAAGCCAAAACCAUUUCACCAGCUACAAGCCAUUGACUUCAUGUGGCAUUCUGAAAAGCGCAUCCAGCUGGGACGUCUAUCCAGUUGACCAGCAGGAUGUCAAUCAGUCAUACGGCUCCAAAGCCUCAAACAGCUGGGAUGCCUACAAAAAAGAGACCCCGACUUCCCACAACCGAGUGAAAACUGUCUCUAGUCCCCUCACAGUUCAGCGAGACAUUACAGCCACUAAGUCCCAUUACGAAGAACCUCCCAGGGGGGAAAAAGACAGUUCAGAGAUGGGGCCCUCAUCCGUGCUCAUGGUGAAUUCCGGCUCUGCUUCUCUGCUGCACCUCACCACCGAGGAAGUGAUGAAGCUAAAGAAGAUCAUCUCGAGUUCGCUGUGAAGAUCAGUUCAGAUAAUCACUCCAACACGCCACGUCACAUUAAAGCCAACUCAUAUGAUACCACUUUUCCACAUUCCACAUCUUAUUCGAUUUCUGUUUGGCACAUAAUCGAAAAGAUCAUUUGAUAAAUAAUCCACCAUAAGCUGAGCUUGAUUUAAGUACAAUGUACAUACAGAUGGCCUCCUUUUUUUGUACAUAAAUUUCAUUUAAUUCACUUUGAACUUUACAAUGUAAAUCUGAAUAAAUUCACAUAAAUAAAAGGAAAUAUUUUCAGUUGUUGAUAAUGUGGGAUGUGAUCCUACUGUAUGUAUAUAUAUAUAUAUAUAUAUGUGUGUGUGUGUAUAUAUAUAUAUAUAUGAUUAAAUAUAAAAAGUAUGGAUAUUUAUGUUAUUUUAUUCUAAUUACUUUUCUGUUUAUGCUAUAUCUGUAUGUUAACGAGUAUGUGUCAAUAUACGCACAGUAAAUAUAUAUAUAUAUAUAUAUUUGAAAAGUGAUGUAACAUGUUCAAAAUCAAUAAUAAAUAUGUGAUUAAAAAGAG